AUGGGAAAACCAGAGGAUGACCCGGCAUCGGGUUCGGCGCCUCAUUGUCAGCUGUGUGGGAAGAUCUUGGCAGCUGCUCCUACGUUAAAAACGAAGUGCGGUCACGAGUUCCACAAAAACUGCAUAGAGGCAUAUGUCAAGACCCACACCACCUGUCCCACAUGUAAGGCGGUAUGUGUCGAAAAGGGUACUCCUCAUAAUACGAGGGCACAAGCCAAGCAAAUUGAGACAGCAGCUAUGACUUCCGAAAUAGUAAGUGGCAUGGUGACACAGGCUAUUAGCACCAUGCAAGAUGAGGUGGUAGCCCAGCUAACAGAUAGAAUGGCACAAAUUAUACAGUCCAGCAUGGCAGAUCAUUUCCAGGCGGGAGGCAGCAGUUCUUCUCAGGGUGAUAGAUGUGGAGAGUCGACUGAUCCAGCCCCACAAGACAGAAGGGAAGAAAGUCAGAAUUCAGGUCGCGGGGACUGA